AUUAAGGAAUUGUAAUAAAAAAGUUGAAUAGGGACAGUUUAUAUUGUUGAAGGUCUGAUGUGGCAAAAAUUUCUGAGUAAAUGCCAAAAUUGGCUGCAUGGUGGCUCUAACCACAACUAAGCCAUAUAAAUCAAUUUGGGACCAAAUUUGGUCAACUUUUUUUCAAUAUAAACCAUCCCAAAAAUAAAAAUAAAAAUAAAAUCCCAAAACAAACAGAAACAGUCGCACACGGCGGCAGUGAAGGAGCUCAACUCACAUGUUGUGCGCUCAUACCAAAGAAUGAAGCCAAUCCCGCUUAUCUUUUUCCUUCUGUAUUUAACAUAAUGUUGCAGCUCCUUUUUGGCGUUGGAAUUGAAGCGCAGAAGUUUCCUUAUGCUUCCGAACGGGAUACAGAUUGAUGCCUUUUAAAUCCCUCUUUCACCAGCACAGUUCAUAGCUAAAGAAACGACUCGGGAAUAUAUUCAGCGAUAAGCUCUUCUUCUUGUAGAAAAUUGGAUUAAAUGGUUGAUAAUGGUGGCUCUGAAAGCAGCCAAGGGUCUGGACUUAUGUCUCUCUUGGAUGAAGGAAGUAAGAACAAGAGAAAAUUAGCUGACCCUUCUUUAGAGAAAGCAACCAAUCUUCCCUCGUCCUUGACUGAGUUCCUUCCCUAUGGACGUGAGAUACCUCCAAGCUCGCUAAGUGCGUUUGUGUCAAUGGAGGUGGGAUUGGAUCGGCCUAAACUGAAAAAAGUAGUGGGAGCAUUUGAGUGUGCGGAUUGGGAUGAUCCUAUAACCUGUCAGCUUGAAGAACUACUAGUGGCAAACUUGCAAGCAAUUUUCCAUAGCGCAGUAAAACAGAUUUCUGAAGGUGGGUGUAGUGAGGAGGAAGCAGAAAAGGCCAUUUUAAGGGCCGGUCUUUAUGGAGGGGUUAAAGACCCUGUCUCAUAUAUUAUAAAUGAAACUGUGUCAUUUAUGAAGAAAGCAAGGGAUGUUGAUGCUUUAAAAGAUACCGAAUUCAAUGAUUUGCAGCACUUGGCUGAGUACACGUUGCUGGAGAUGAUAAGCGUGCUUAGAGAGGUCAAACCAUCAUUAUCAGUUGGGGAAGCAAUGUGGUUGUUGUUGAUUUGUGACUUAAAUGUUUUGCAAGCUUGUGUACUGGAAGGUGAUUCAUUGAGUGAUUUUGGUUAUCAAGAUUCCUUGGGAGAGAGCUCCUAUGCUUUUGCUAGUUCUCAGUUAAGAUCGGAAUCUCAAAGCUAUGAUACAAUUCAACCAAAUCCCAACAAAAAAUGUAUUUCAAAGCCUUCAAUGUGCCAUACUGCGAACCAUUCACCUGAAACUCUAAAAUUUGGAAGUUUUGCAAAUUUGCCCAAAGCCAAUAUUCAGCAUGACAUUAAAGGGCGGCUAACCCAAGAGAGAGAGAACUUAGCAUCUAUACUUGACAGGAUGGAGAAAUACUUGGGCACUACAUCCCAAACUUCUGCAUCUGAAGAAAAAUCAGGAGCUGGUCGAAAGGGAUGCUCAAAGAAAGAAAUAGCAGUGCUUCGGCAGAAGUCUUUUCAUGUGGAAAGAAGUUACAGGGCUUAUGGUUCAAAGGGAGCGUUCAGAUCAGGGAAACUUGCUAGUUUCGGUGGUUUUGUUUUUGAGAAGAGGUUAAAGCCUCCAUCUGAACUUCCUGGAGGACCUAUAAAAAUUGGCUCCUCAAGGGUAAGUGCAGAAGUGACAGGCAAUGCUUCCAUAACAUAUGGAAAACGACAUGCUUCAACCAAGAUUUCAUCUGCUCCACUAGAAAGACAUAGCUUGCCGAGAACACCUCAGAAAGGAACUGUAUGCUCUUUGCCUUCCACAAGAACCAAGUUGUGCCAAAAAUCAAAUUUAGAAAAUAAACCUAGUCCUGCACCCUCAGGCAGCACCUGUGAGCAUCCUAAGAUUCGGGACUACUGUGCUGGUAUCUCAUAUGAUAAGUCUCUGAGAAAGUUUCUCCCUGUGGAUGAGAAGGAUGAGCUCAUUCUGAAGCUAGUUCCUCGACUUCAAGAAUUGCAAAAUGAGCUGCAUGGAUGGACUGAGUGGGCCAAUAAAAAGGUUAUGCAGGCUGCUUGUAGGCUAAGUAAGAAGUUGCCUGAACUGAAGAUACUGAGGCAAGUCAAGGAAGAAGCAGACGAAUUUGGAAGGGUGAAGCAAAUGAUGGAGGAGAACACCACAAAGAGGCUCUCCGAGAUGGAACAAGCCUUGAAUAAUGCUACUGUUCAGGUUGAGAUAGCUAACUCUGCUGUUUGCAGGCUUGAAGUGGAGAAUUCUAGGCUGAGAAGGGAAUUGGAAACUGCUAAAUUAAAGGUUUUAGAGUCGGUUGAUAGUUAUCGGGAAGCAUUAGAAAGGGAGCAGAAGGCACUGAAGCAGGCUCGGUCAUGGGAGGGGCAGAAAGGCUCAUUGCAGGAAGAGCUUCAAAGAGAGAAAUGCAAGGUGGCUGCGCUACAACAGGAUUUAGGAAAGGAGAUAAACAUCUAUCACCAAAUUGAAGCUAGAUGGAAACAGAAUAGGCUGGAAAAGGAAAAACUACUUGCACAGGCUGCUUCCAUAAGAAAUGAAAGAGAACAAUAUGAAGUUCUGGCAAAAUCAGAGAAGGAUAUGAUCAAACAGAAUGCAGCAAAGGAUAUUCAGAAGUGCAACGACGACAUCAGAAAGCUUGAGAACAAGUUAUCGGAAAUGACUUUGAAGUAUGACAAAUCAAAAAUAGCUGCACUUAAAAGGGGAGCUACUGGAAGCUUUGGAAGCUGCCUACCAGAUAUCAAGACUAUGAAGGAAAACCAAAGUUCUUGUGCCUUCAAGAAAGUACUGAACUUUCAGGGUGAAUUUGGGAAUGGAGAUUUGAAACGGGAGCGCGAGUGUGCCUUGUGCCUAUCAGAUGAAAUAUCAGUAGUUUUCAUUCCAUGUACCCAUCAGGUUGUUUGUACAAAAUGCAAUGAGCACCAUGAGAAACAAGGAAUGAAGGAUUGCCCUUCUUGUAGGACCCUUAUUCAGAGAAGGAUUAAUGUGCGUUAUGCUCAUUCAUAGUAUUAAAAAUCCUGGUGAAGAUGAAGACUGGAUAAAGAAAGCAACACUUUAUGUGCAUCGAUGGAAGAAAUUAUUUUGAGAUGCAUUAGAAUCGUCAUGGCUGUUGUUUUUCUUUUCUUGUUUUGUUUUUUUGGUCUUAAAAAGGAGGUUUUACAAGUAGUGAGAGAGAAGGGGGUAAAAAAAAAAAAAAACAAAAAACAAAAAAAAAAGGUUGAAAAAGAAAAUAGAAAAGAGUUCGAGUCAUAGUUGCCUAUUGUAAAGUCUUCAGCUGGAUGCUUUUAUACAUAUAAAAUUUACCUUUUGUACCCCACUUAUCUU